AUGACACGAAUCCAGCGCGCUGAGCAUUAUCCGCUGUGUUGCUUAAAAACAGACAACAAGCGGUGCAGCCGGGAGCGAGACGUGAGUGAACAAAAGAUCAAGAUUCGGUCGGGAUGGGGGGGGGGCUGUUUGAUGCGGGGGGGGGAGGGGGAUCGUCAGUUGGGUGGUCUGGGGGGGGAGGGUACAGAGAGCCCACUAAAAGAAUAUAAAUACCCAUCGCCGCCUCGGGUGUGGCCCCCAACACCAAACACACACAGACAGUGGUGGGGGGCGACAACACUUUUUAAGUUUUUGUUUCUCUUUUGGGGGUGUUGCAUUCACUUGCAGCUAAGUUGGGAACGUUUUACUUUCAGUAGGUUUGCUUAUGAUUUAUAA